GCGUGCCUGCCAGUUGUGGUGUGUAAGCCAAGCUUUUACACACACACACACAUACAUACAUAGAUACGUACAAAGAUCCCCAGGCUCUCACACACAACAGUGCAUCUCAGAUUUUUCCCUGGCGCUGCUGCAAGCAGAGUAGCACGCUUCACCGCCUAGCACAAGUUAUCUUCAACCCGGGACCGGCACUUUAAAACUUGCACCGAUCGUGUUUUUUUUGCUCCUGUUCGGAUUAAAAAAAUAUUUUCUGUCUUUUUCUUUUCUGCGGGUCUUGGACACUUAGAGAUACAAAACAGAUUACAGCACGAACACGAACGCGAACGCUCUAAUAAGGAUUGUGGUUCCACCAGAUGAUCUUGAAAGGCGACUAAAAAUUUGGGACCUCAAGUACUGAUUUUCCUGAAUGGAUUUAUAGCUGUUUCUUUGGUUACUUUUUUCAUUUAUUUAAUGGAAGUGACGGAAAGAAAUUUGUUGUAAUAGUCGUUCUUCAAAGCAGUCAGCGAGUCAGUAAUCCUAUCGGUUUUUAAGACACUUUCGAGUGCAACUGGACUGACAGAAGAAGAGAACCUCAAAAAUUCUCAUCCAAACUGGUCCCUGUGUGGAGCAUCACUCUGGCUGGAAAGGGUGUGCGUCCAUUGGGAGGAGCAAGUAGUGGCCACAAGCUUAAAGCAUGAGUCCAGAGGAUGCCUAAGGCUGGACAGGGCUCUAGCAGUCGGCUUCUGUCUUUCAUUGCAUCCAGAGGAAUGAUUACCUUGUGGUAUACCAUCUGUUUCUCCUUAGUGACUGUGAACAGCAUACCUGCAGCCCGACUACCUGCAGCCCAGCCUUUCGAAAGAACAAGCAGCAGAACAGAUUCUCCUUCAAGCGAUGCAGCAAUCGAGAAGAUAGACCUAGGAAGUGGUGACAAUCUUGAUCUGUCCUGCAGCUCGCAGGGUUCUCUUCUACCUGUUGUCUGGUACAAGGAUGGUGUUGGUGUAAUACCAAGCAACAGAACACAAAUAGGACAGAGGCAUCUAAAAAUUAUCAACGUCUCCUUUGAAGACUCUGGUCUAUACAGCUGCAGACUGACUCUGAGCAAUGAGAUCUUGAAGAAUUUCACAGUCAAAGUGGCAGAUUCAUUAUCUUCAGGUGAUGAUGAGGAUGAUGAUGAUGAUGAAGAAUCAGAAGAUGCAGAAGCACCCCACUGGACACGCCCAGAACGAAUGGAGAAGAGGUUGCAUGCUGUGCCUGCUGCUAGCACAGUCCGUUUUCGUUGCCAGGCUGCCGGGAAUCCAAAUCCUACUAUUCAGUGGCUAAAAAAUGGCAAGGAAUUCCGAGGGGAGCAUCGACUUGGAGGCAUCAAGCUGAGGCAUCAACAGUGGAGCCUAGUAAUGGAGAGUGUGGUCCCAUCAGACCGAGGCAACUAUACUUGUGUUGUGGAGAACAAGUAUGGCCAAAUCAGUCACACAUAUCAACUGGAUGUCUUGGAGAGGUCACCUCACAGGCCUAUCCUCUAUGCAGGGCUACCUGCAAACCAGACAGUCGUUUUGGGUAGCAAUGUGGAAUUUCACUGCAAAGUGUACAGUGAUGCCCAGCCACACAUUCAGUGGCUUAAACACAUUGAAGUCAACGGUAGCAAGACUGGUCCUGAUGGAGCCCCCUAUGUCACUGUCCUCAAGUCCUGGAUAAGUAAAAAUGCCGAAGCUGAUGCUAAACUAACUCUGUACAAUGUAACAGAGCAAGAUGGGGGAGAAUAUCUCUGUAGAGCCUCCAAUUUCAUAGGCUCGGCUGAAAAGCCCUUCUGGCUUCAAAUUCACAACCCUAAACCAGCGGAAGAGGUUGUGAAGGAGGACGUCUCAGGCUCGCUUUACGCCGAAAUUCUAAUUUAUGUUACGGGUUGUGUGCUUUUCAUCUUCACCAUUGUGAUUGUCAUCCUUUGCCGAAUGAAGAUGUCAACCAAGAAAACUCUCAACACCCCUCCAGUCCAAAAGCUCUCCAAGUUCCCACUCAAGAGACAGCAGGUGUCUUUGGAAUCCAAUUCAUCAAUGAACUCUAACACCCCACUGGUCAGAAUUGCUCGCCUUUCAUCCAGUGAUGGGCCAGUGUUGGCAAAUGUGUCUGAAUUGGAGUUGCCAGCGGAUCCCAAGUGGGAAUUUCCACGCACAAGAUUGACUCUGGGAAAGCCUCUAGGGGAAGGCUGCUUUGGCCAGGUAGUCAUGGCAGAAGCAAUUGGAAUUGACAAAGAUAAACCAAAUAAGCCCAUGACGGUUGCUGUGAAGAUGCUGAAAGAUGAUGCAACAGAUAAAGAUCUUUCGGAUCUGGUUUCUGAAAUGGAAAUGAUGAAAAUGAUAGGAAAGCACAAGAACAUCAUUAAUCUGUUGGGUGCUUGCACUCAAGAUGGUCCUCUGUAUGUCUUGGUGGAAUAUGCAUCCAAAGGCAACUUACGGGAAUAUUUAAGAGCACGUCGGCCACCUGGGAUGGACUAUUCUUUUGAUACAUGCAAAAUACCAGAUGAGCAGCUCACAUUCAAAGACUUGGUAUCUUGUGCUUACCAGGUGGCUAGAGGAAUGGAGUAUCUUGCAUCCCAAAAGUGUAUUCAUAGAGACCUGGCAGCUAGAAAUGUUCUCGUCACAGAAGAUAAUGUCAUGAAGAUUGCAGAUUUUGGCCUAGCAAGGGAUGUCCACAAUAUUGACUACUACAAAAAAACAACUAAUGGUCGGCUGCCUGUGAAAUGGAUGGCCCCAGAAGCCCUAUUUGACCGGGUUUAUACUCACCAAAGUGAUGUCUGGUCCUAUGGUGUCUUAUUGUGGGAGAUCUUCACCCUGGGGGGCUCCCCAUACCCCGGAAUCCCAGUUGAAGAGUUAUUUAAGCUUUUGAAAGAAGGCCAUCGGAUGGACAAGCCUGCAAACUGCACCCAUGAAUUAUACAUGAUAAUGAGAGAGUGCUGGCAUGCAGUUCCUUCUCAAAGGCCAACCUUCAAGCAGCUAGUAGAAGACCAUGACCGUGUGCUGUCCAUGACUUCAACUGAUGAGUAUCUUGAUUUGUCAGUGCCAUUUGAGCAGUAUUCACCAACGGGUCAGGACACAAACAGUACUUGUUCUUCAGGAGAUGACUCUGUGUUUGCUCAUGACCCUUUGCCAGAUGAACCUUGUCUUCCAAAACAUCUUCAUUGCAAUGGUGUCCUUCGGACAUGAACAACUGGACCUUUCAACAGAGUAAAAAAUUCCAAAAUUUGGGCCUGGAGCCCUAAAUGAAUAUAAACAAAUGAGAAAAGUAGUCAAAGGAAGAAAAAUAUGAGCCUUACAUUUUUCUUAAAUACUGUAUAAGUCAGGAAGCACUGUUCAAGUUAAAUUGAUCAUUUUAUCUUUUUCCAUGAUAUAUUUUUUUUCAAAAAUUGAGGGCUUUUGUUACUUUUCUAAGUAAUACUUACAGAGAACAUGGCUUUUUCUGAUGGAAUUGCCAUGUGAAGCAACAGUAUUAGAGCAACGCCAACAUCGUGCCUGCAGAAAUGCAGAAAAUGGCAGAGGCAAUAUGAGACAACAAUAAAAAGCAAGUGAAAUUCUGUAAAGAAUGUGGAGCCACAGAAGACCUUCAUCAAAAGAAGUAACUAGCUUCAUUGGGAAAAGACGUCUGCAUUGGGAUUUCAAGUGUAGAUGACAAACAGCAAUAGUCCCAGGAUGAAUGGUCUAUGUUCCUUUGGGAAAAGAAGCAGAAAAAAGGUGGUGUAGACUGCAUCUUAAGCUAUUGUGCUCCCAUAGCAUCAGAUUUGCAAUUGACUUCUUGUUGAGAAUCUGUAUCAGAAGAAUGUCAAAACACAUCUACAAUAUUGCUUAAAAGAGCAAAUAAAUAAUCCUUUUGGUCCUGAAGAGCGUAAAAUGUCCAGACAGCAAAAACACGUAAUGGAGUGUUGUGUCUGUGAAGGACUGUACUGACCUGUGGAAACAUGGGUUUAAAAUCACGCAUGGGUAGAAAUGUCAUGUCUUGGCAUUCACAUGCUUUCACUUUCUGAUGCACUUCCAUGAAUAUUCCACGAAUAUUCCAUGUUUUAUGAGAAAAAAAAGUAUAUAUAUAUAUGUAUGUAUUUCUUAGACAAACACACCUGAUGAUUCAAGGGUACGGAAUACCUUAAUCUAAAUAUUUGAAAGAAACUCUUGUUUUGGGCCCCGGAAAUUCAUUUCUAAAUAAAAUUAAUAAUAAAAAACAAUACAUAGAAACACACACUGCUAUACAGUGAUGUAAGUAUUUUCUUUUACAUAUUUUACUCUACCUGGGAUGCUAGUUCAUUAUACCAUAAAGGUAUACAAAUCAUCCAUCUCAAAAAUCCAAUUUAGAGACACUAACUGACCAAAAAGUACAUCUUUCAAAUGUAAAGUAAAAUCGGUGUGUCUACAGAAAUUCAGUGCCAACACAGCGAGAUAAAAACCUGGGAUUUAAUCACUGUCUUACAGUAAUAUUACUCUCUCCAGUAUCAUGCUAUCUGCAUUCAUGUCUUGGAAUUGGCUGGUCUAUAAAAGGAAAUUUCAGUAUCCAAACUGAAUUAAAGGCAUCAUUAAUUCUUAAAUAAUUCUAAAUUUUAAUAAAAGUAUUUCAAAUAAUAAGUUAAUUAUGCACAACUAGUCAACAGUGUGAACUGUAGUUUAGCAACAACUAUGACAUAUUUACAAUUCUGUGCAGAUGAUGAAUUAAGUUUUAAAAUUAUGCAAUAACUACACAUGCAGAAAACUCUGUUUAUGUAGGACAUAUUUGGAAGGCAGAACAAUGGUCACAACCACAUCCAAUGUCUAAACUAAACAAUCUCAUCAAAAAUGCUCCCUACCAAUCACAUUUGAAUACUAGUAUGCCCAAAGCUAUAGACAGCAACCUAUCUGUCUUUAGAGUACCACUUUUUUGCUUUAACCAAUACUUGAAGUCAUUCCAGCAAAUAUUUUUUGUAUGACACUCUUAUCUAAAAUGUUCCCAUGAUGGUUGUUCUCCCCAUUGGCUUCUCCUAUUACUUUAGUCCUGUAUAGUCCUUUGAAAAUAUUUAUACUAUAUACUUCAAGUGUUUUUGAGGCUUAAUUUUUAACAAACUAAGAUAACAAAAUACUGUAUCACCUAACUGGCAUAACCAGUGCAACAAGACACACUGAAACUGGUACAUGUGAAACCUUUUUACUCUUCGCUGUUCCUCUACAGCCUCCGGCCAUUAAUUACUACAUAUCAUUUUGAAGAAUUUAAUUUGUGUUUAAGUUGGACUUGCAUGACAUUACUGUUGGCAUAUUGUGAUAUAAGUAGCCAACAAUGUUAAGUGCCAUCCCAGGAAGAGCUGCUUUUAUAUGUUCUCUUCUGUAAUCCAUUUUAAAUUUAAACUUGUUUCAUGUUUUAAGAAGAUAUUCAGUAUCAAACUGUCUUCUGCUAACUUUUACACUUAAUAUGAUUUAAAUGCCGGUGCUCUGAUGCUGCUGCCUUUUAAUUUAUAUCGGAAAGGUUUAUAUUGUAAAUAUAUGAUAAAUAUAUAUAUAUAUAUAUAUAUGUACACACAUGAAAAUUUGUAUGAUAUGCAGGAAAUCAUCAUAUGCGCAGAAUAUUGCCUUUUUUGGUUAAAAAACAUUGCAAUCUAGGAUAUAUUGAUGUAGUUAUAGGCCAUCUUUGAAAUAUACAAAAAAGGAUUUCUAUUUGAUUAAUUAACAUGUAUAUUUGUAUAGUUAUUUAUAGACUUGUUAACAUAAGUGUUUAUAAAGUUUAGCAUUUAAUGUUGUUACACUUAACAAUUUAAUUGAGAAACAUUUUUAACUUAUUAACAUUUUUUGCUGUUAUUUUGUCAAACCCCUUGAAUAUUGUUUACAGGUAAAAGAAUGUAAAUGUACCCAUUGUGUUUCGUUUUAUCCUGGAUUGCAGUGAAUAGUCAUCUUUUUUUUUGUUGUUGUUGUUUUUUGGUUUCUGCAAUGCAACAUCAGUGGUUAAAUCUGUUACCUAAAAAAAAAGAAAAACCCUCAUAUAUUCAACCUUAAUACCAAGGGUGUUAAAAUAUUAACAAGCACUAUUAAUGGUCAGUAAAUUUAAAUGAUCAGGCUUACAGUUUAACCACUGCCCUACAGUGUUUCUCUUGUAAAUGAAGGCAAGACUUUGCAGUUCGCUUUUAAGGAAGUAUACUGUAGAGCAAAUUUAGUGACUCAGAAUGGUGCAUGUGUAUUUAUAUAUAUUUUGUAUGAACUUGCCAUUACAUUCUAUAUAACAUGUUAAUGCAGACAAAAGAUACCAAUAGAUAUAUGACUUAUAAACAGUCAGUAUAACGUGCCAUAGAUUUAAAAGAUUCUAACACUUUUUUCAGUUUAUAAUUACACCAGACUAAACCUGCGGACAACCAGCACAGUGAAACCAACUUCUAGCAAGGUUGCAUUUUUAUAGCUUACUUUUUUUAACAGUUCCAAUGUCUUCCUGGAAAUGUUCAGCUGUGGUCACAUCAGUCAAACCAAACUGCAUAUUUUAAAGUACAGUAAAAAUAAUUACAUUCCAAAUACUAAAUUAUAAAGGCGUUAACUUUUUACCAAAAAAAGUAUGUAGAAGAGUUAUUAAAAAAAUUGGAAACAGGUUGCUUUUUACAACCCACCUUCUGCGAAUCAAAAGUCAAGGCUUUGCAUACUGGAUGAAAAUACUGAGCCAGGCAGACUUAAUCCUAUUAGGACAGUCUAGAAUUUUUUUUAUAUAAGGAGCAUCCUUAGGUAAAGUAUAGUGUGGAGACUGGCAAAUGAUAACUUUUAAAGUUCACUUUUAAUAAAGUAUAUUAUCUAUAUUGUAUUAACAUAUAGUAUAUAGCAUACAUGGUGUCUCAGUGGCAUGGUGGUUAGCACUUCUGCUUCACAACUCCAGAUUACUGUGUUUAAGUGUUGGACCAUCAGUAUCUGUGUAGGGUUUGCAUACUGUUAACGUACUACAUGGGUGUUCUUCAAGAAUUCAGGUGCCCUUCCACAUCCCAAGAAUAUGUGUUACCGCUUUCAUUGUCAGCUUUUAUCGAGCCCAGUAUAAAUUAAUAUGGCCUGUAGUGGACAGGUAUCUCCUUGAUGGAAGUUGCCUAGGCGUACUUGAGAAACAGCAGGAAUAUAUAACAGCUUUCCACAACAUUAUUCUGGCGAACAAAACUUCAGAAAAUGGAAAGUAGUAGAUACAAUAUAUACACUCAGUUACGAAGGUGUGGUAUCAAAAAGAGCCACCUCGUGGUCUACACAAACAUACAACAUGCAGUGUCUUUUUGGUUUUAUUAGAGUUGGAUCUCUCUUUCAGCUAGAACACCAAAAGAAAACUUCUGUCUCUCCCAUUUACUUUUACUUGCUUUUAUAAGGUAACCUUUCUUGUUUGGGCCUACUCCCAUGUAUCUAUGCAGUGAAGUUCUCAAGCCCUUGUCCACUGGAGGCAGAGAGAGCCGUGACUAUCUAGCAUCUGUUUGUUAUAUCUAAUAUUAUUGCUGUAUCUCUCCAUCCAUUGUCUGAACUUACUUGCUCUACACUGAAUUCAUUUGUAGGCCUUCUCAUAAUAAUCUAGUAAAUCAUGUAAAGAAUGCAAUCAGUGCAUAUACAUGUUGACAGAAUGCAGUCAGCUACCAUUUGUAAAUUGAUUAUUUUUUUCUAUUUACAAUCCUGUGGAUGGAGCUAGACAUUAAUUAAAGAAAUCUUCAAUAUUAAGAAAUCUGAUUGGGAGUAGUGCAGGACUUAGAUAUUUAUUAAAAAGAAUGUAUUCUAGUUUGUAAGGAUCGGCUAAUUUUUAAAGCAAUUUAAGACCUUUGACAGUCAAAUACUAGAGUUAAAAGCACUUUCCUGUAUUUAUCUAUGGUAAAAGGGACAGUUUUUAUUAGGCACCUGUCCUUUGUUUGAUUUUCAGACUCAGUCAAUUUUAUUUCUGGUAUGGAAGAUAAAGUGUUAUCUUUAUAGUUUGUUUUUACAAUUUAAUACUGUGUUGUGUUGUCACAGUACUUUACAUAUGUAUUCCUGUUGUAUAGCACACCAGAAACUGACUGGGAGGAGAAACAAUGAAUAAGCAAUGUCACCACUUCUAAAAUCUAAUUUUUGGAAUACAUUUCCUUCUUCAGUCAUUUUCAUGGUGAGCUGUAACAUGCAACACUUUUGUAAUACUAUAAUAUUAAAGUCAUAAGCAUUUUCUGUUGUUUGUGAGAGUAGCAGAAUUAUUCCGCACAUUACAGUUCAGGUGGCGAGAGGUCUAUUCUGGCAGUUUCAGGCUAUAGGAAGGAAACAGCCAUGGGCAAAGUGCUAGUCCAUUUCAGGGCAUACCGUUACUACUAAGCAGUCUAGAGUGCCUAGUUUUUUUAAUCUGCACAAGAAAACUGGACUGCCCGGAGAAAAACCCCUGAGUACAUUGGGAGAGCAUGCUAACUCACACAGUAAAUGUGUUGUUAAGCAGCAGUGCUAGCCACAGCACCAUCCUGACAUAGAUCAAACAACAACCACAAAAUACUUCCUUAAGUCAAAGUUAAUUUGAACAGUUCUAGGCUUCACUGUGGAAUAUUUAAGUUAAAAAAAGCUAAAAAAAAUCAUGCUUUCCCUAUGGUGAAAGCAGUUUAUUUGCCUGUAUCAUUAUUAUUAUUUUUAGGAAUUCUAACAACAGGCAUUCAUUUUGGAAAUAUUCAAUUCUCAAUGUCCAUUCAAUUCCACGUUUGCUGUCAGUCCAAAACCCGGCAAAUGUUUUUACACAAUACAGUUGUCAAGGGAUGCAGGUAACCAUAAGCCUUCACUGUUCAUGUUAUUUUAAAGAAGAAUGCUAACAUGAUCACAGCAGAAGGAUCAGAUCAUUUGUGCACCCUGAUUUUUUUUUCCCCUGUGGUCAGAUGUGUAUAUUAGCAAUACUGGAUGGCAAUCUCCAUCUUCUCUUUCCACACAUGCUCCCUGCCUUUCUUCUUCUGUCUCAGAGUGUUUUAUUAGUGCCAUGAAGCUCUUCCUACAUAGAAAGAUUAAUUUAUAGUUUGAAGUUUCUUAAUUGUUUCUUUUACAUAGUGUAGAUUUUAUAUAGCUGUGUGAUUUGUUUUGUACAAUUAUAGAAGAAAAGAUUUUCUUUACAGUAUUUUCUUAUAAAAUCCAACAAAAUGUGUACAUUCCACUUAUCUGAUACAUUUAUUUUUGUUUCAAUGUAAAAAAGAAAUAGCACCAUUUGUGCACGUUUGUUUUGAAAAGUUAAACUAGAUAUAUAUAUAUAUAUAUAAUUUAUUGUGCUUUUUUUCCACUUUUUUAAUUAUAUGUUGUAGAAUAAAAAGCUUAACAUUUUGUAUUCCAGUGCUUUGAUAGUUUUCAGGUCUGCUUAAUAUUUCUACAGAAUGAUUUUUCAUGCCACAUUCCAUCUAUAAUGAAUUGCAUAGCCCAAUAAUGGCAGCAUCUUUUCAUUUUUUCUUUCUUUCUUUCUUUUUUUUUUUUUUUUGUCAUUUCUCCUACCACUCUGUGCCUGAAAAUGUGCGCUGUUGGAAGUUUCCAAUAAACACUAAACAUAA